UAAUGCACGAACUUCUAGAAAUCUGGACUGUGAAGAAGCUCUCCGCCAAAUCGGCAUGCUCUUGGUCAUAACGACUCUGAGCCACUUUUCAAAUUAAAGUAAUAAUAUUAGGAAAGUAGAUCGCCAUACUUACAAGAGGUUCAUUUUUUUAUAAUUUAACUGAAAAGUGGUCGAUUUCAAAGUUAUAUUGUCAAAAGCUUUUGUAGCUGACCAAGAGCAGGUCAGAAAUUCGAAAAGUGAAAUGUUUCAGUCAUGUGAAAGCUAUAUGUGACAAGCAAUAUGUGUCGAAUCGAGGGUCAUGGCCAUAUUUUGAAUGAUACUUAGCCUUCGCCCCUUAAUACGUAUGGUGUGCCACUUGCAAGUAAUGGCACAUCAAGUUCUUUAAUUGAUGUGCAUGUGUCAUUGAUAGAUUUUUGGUAAUAAUCUGCCGGGGCCGAAGCAUGUAUUCCAUUUGAUCCAUUUCAACACCACUUCCCUAUAGUUUUCUUCGGCUGAUUGAUUCCCUUUUACCGCGCAUUUUCCUUUCAACGAGGAAAUUGGCGCACAACUUAGAGCCCAGAGCAAUCUCUCUUCUCCGCUCCCCUAACAUUAAUGUUGUUCUCCAUUGAUCCCAGCUCUUGGCUAACGUUAUAAAAGGCAACAUGUUUCCGCGCGGGCGCACUCCAACAGACGUUACCUAAACGCAUCAAUAUGACGGAAACUGCCUCUGCCAAGCCCAAAAAGGUCUCCAAACCAAAGACCAAGCCUACCCAUCCCCCAACAUCGGUGAUGGUGAUGGCGGCCAUCAAGGCCUUGAAAGAGCGCAAUGGCUCAUCCUUGCCUGCCAUCAAAAAGUACAUUGCCGCCAACUACAAGGUCGAUGUGGUCAAGAACGCCCAUUUCAUCAAGAAGGCCCUCAAGUCCUUGGUCGAGAAGAAGAAGCUCGUGCAAACCAAGGGAGCUGGUGCCUCUGGUUCGUUCAAAUUGGCCGCUGCUGCCAAGGCCGAGAAACCUAAGGUCGUCGCCAAGCCCAAGAAGGCAAAGACCCCCAAGAAGAAGGGUGCUGCUGCGACUAAGAAGCCCACUGGCGAGAAGAAGACCAAAUCACCCAAGAAAAAGCCCGCCGCCAAGAAGCCUGCGGCUGCCAAGCCCAAGAAAGCUAAAACUCCCAAGAAAAAAGCUGCACCUGCCAAGAAAACCCCGUUGAAGAAGGUGAAGAAGACCUCGCCCAAGAAAAAGGCUGCACCCAAGAAGAAGUAAAGCUUUUUCCUGACCAAUCAUUCCAGCAUCUGUCUGGAGGGUUACGCACCUCGGCUCUUUUUAGAGCCAAAACAUAUGUUUCACCAGACGAUAUACGUAUCGAGCUCUCUCAAACUCAUUAUUACAGUCAGCAUUCAAAUGAUUGUACUUCUGAUCACAUCUUUUGUGCCAGGUAGCAAGGCAAGCAGUACCUCUGUUUCAAAUAAUGAUCAUUUGCAAAACCUAAUCAUUCAGCUAUGCACUAGUGUGGUUCCGUUUGAGGUUGGGCUGUGAAAUAUCACAUGUCAUCAAUUCAGCCAUGCAGCCUUACCCUCCACACAAACCAUUUGAUUGUAACUUCCGUCUUUUCAACUUUCAUUGUCGAGUCUUAAUGCAAUUGCCAAAUUAAUUUGAGGGCAUCAAAUGUGCUCACGAAAGGAAUCCUUACUAAUAACCACGUCCUUGCUGCCAAUUCUUACUAUAUGUGUUCCAAGAGCCAGAAAUUGAGACACGGCCAUUGUUUUGAUCUG